CCUGAAAGUAAUAUCGUCAGAAGCUUGCCGACGCGAAAGUUGCAUCGCUCACAUCAACUGGCGGAGAGGAGUUGACAGUCACUGCGUGUGGCGAAAAAAUUAAGAUUACGAUUAAUUACCGGAUUGCGUGACAGUUAAAGAAUAUGGAUAUUACUUUUUAUGCUCUUUUGACUGUUGCGUGCUUGGUGCUCGUGCUCGCCAUGUGGGUAUGCGCCGCUCAGAGUACGCCGAAGUGGGGACCGGACCUCACUCUCGAACUGCCCCCACACCUGCUGCAAGAAGCUCUGUUCCCUGCCGCAACUACAAGCACGAACAAUACGAUCCCAGUUAGAAUACACCCGGUUCCCAGUGCACCUUCGGAGUUGCCGUGCGAUCCCCUGCUGCGCAAUGAGCAUUCCAUGGGCAUGAGCAGCCCACCACCUCUUCCACCUAAGCCUCCCGUACGUCGCGCACCACCACCACCUGUUCUCCUGCAUAUGGAGCAUCCCGUCCAGGUCUUGCCUUCACAUUACAUGCCCAGGAACAAAUUGCGACCAGUGUUCAGCACUUUCACAGCCGAAGAACCUGCUUAAACCAGUAUUUUCAUCUUACUGGUGUACUGCAGACUAUAAUCAUAGAAAGUGUUCCUAUUCAUAACUGAAAAUCAACUUUCUGAAUCCAGUAAAGUCCUUGUUGAAGAUUUUGUGAUUUUUCCGUGCUGCUACUUUUGUUUUGUAUUAUGUUCUAUAUCUGAUUAGAAAUCAUCCACUGCCAAUGAUUCUUUUUUUUUUUUUUUUGUUCUAAAACCUAGUCUGUAAAAUAUGAAAUCUUGGUCGAUAGGAAACGGGAUACAAAAGAAAAAGCUGAAACAGCUAUGUUUUUAAUCGCUCUACAAUAAUGAUAUACUUUGCAUAAGAUGGUGUGUUUUAUAUGAAAGAAUAUUUAUUAUUUUAAAUGCCUUUUAUAAAAAGUUAUUUCAAAAAUAUCUUUAAUGCAUUUAACGUAUUAAAUGUAGAGUUUUUUUUUUUUUUUCAUUGAGUUUUCCUUUAUUUCUCCAAGUGUCAAGGGAUUUUGGUUUGAAAAAUUCAGCUCUUAGAAAUUAGCUUUGAAAUUGACAAACAGUAUUCUUUAAUUUGCGAUCGAAUUUUUCUGAUCUGAAUAGCUUUAUACGUUUCUAUUUAACUUCAUUUGUAAAAAUAAAUGUUUGUUAUCGAUUUUCAUUCCCUGAUGUGCUAAAGUGUUGAAAUUUUGUCCAUUUGCGUAUUUUUGGUGGCAAUACUCUAUUCAGAAUUUAAUUUUCAAUUUACUUUUCACUUUUUUUAUUAAUUUAAUUAAAUUCUUAUUCCAUGCCACUGAGCACUACUUGGUGGUGAAUACUACAAAGAAUUAAUUUCACUUCUGUAUCUACUUCUGAAUUUUAUUCUACUUUAAUCAAAUAUUCUGAAAUACUUCUGAAUCUUUAUUUGUCAAUUAAAGAUUCAGAAGUAGAAUAUAAGAAAAUUAAAGCAUUUACAAACACUACUUUGCGAUGCACUUCUUUGAAACACGAAGAAAACGAUGCACUUUUUUAAAACACAAAACGAAAGUGGGUUUUUUUUUUCUUUCCUUUUUCUAAAUUCUUUUUGUUGAAUCUAUUUUCUUUGUUACUUAGAGAGUUUUAAAAAUUGCUGGAGUAAACGUGAGUUAAUUAAGUAGCAAUAAAGAACAGAAGAAAUUCGCCUUAGUCACUCUGAAACGCCACAAUUUACACAAACGUUUGGUUUUCACAGCAAACAGUGCUGCCAAUUAAAAGUGUUGUUGUCACACACGCCCGUAGCAAAACGCGACAUUCAACACAUUGAAAGUACAAGACUUGACAUCGUGUUGAAAAUUGCUGUCAUAAAUGCCAAAUGUAUUAAAAAAAUGUUCGUUACAAAUUCCGAUUAUCCUGAUUUUAUUGAGAUUUUAAAUAUUUCAGAAGCAAACAAAGCAACAUUGACCGUCUUAACAUCUCAUAACAAAAUUCACACGAAUGAAAGUUCGUUUUUGUAUCAUUCUUUGAACAGAAAAUUUAAUGUAGUUGGAAUGCCUUUUCCUACAAAAAAAUAUAUACAUCUUAAAUCAACACACGACUUUAUGAUAAAAUAAUGAAAGCAUUUUUGUGUUUGAAUACAUUUAAAAUAAGCGCAUUUUUUAUUUUAGAUUUAUGUGUUUGUUAGAUUUAUUUUAAAUUGUUUGUAGUAUGUCCUCUUUUAAUUUGAAAUUGCAUAAAUAUAUUUUGGUGUAACAUUUUAAAUAAAAGACUGUGCUUGUUAUGUAUCAUGAGUUAUUUUUAGUGCAUAAUAAAAGUGUAUGAAAA